AUGCAGUUCAAGCUUCUCAUUGCCCCUCUCCUCGUUGCCACGGCCGUGGCCGCGCCCGCCCUUGAGGAAGUUGAAGGCCACCUCGCCAAGCGUACCUGCUGGUCCCUUACCGGCGAGAAGCUGAAGCUCUGCCAGGAGGCUUGCAAGGCCGCCUGUACCGUGGGAACUGCAGGCCUUGCCAUGGAGGCUUGUGAGAAGGCUUGCGACCUCGGUCCCCUGAAGACCCGCGAAGCCGCGCCCGAGGCUGAAGCUGAUCCGUCUUUCGGAAACAAGGCUUGCAACGUUGCGUGCGAUGUUACAUGCAACUCUACUGUCCUUGCUUUGGACCAGAAGAAGUGCCUCGAGAUUUGCAAGGGCAAGUGCAACGAGUAA